UAGAACCGCAAUGCUCACGUUGCUGAAAACAUUACAUGAACAAGUGUAUGAAAUAAGAAUAGCUUAAAUAUAAGAAAUAUUUAAAAAACAAUUCUAUAAUUUAUUUAUCUAAGCAUAUUUAUGUAUACGGAAACGAUCAACGUUCAAAUAACAUGUAUACCGCGCAUUGGUUCUUCGUAAAUGAUAAUUUCAAAGAAGAAAGUGAAGUAUUGUGUUUAAAACGUAGCAUAUAUAUUUCAGUUGUUCCAAAUUUCAGCCAUAUUUUUGCCACGCACUUUUUUUUUACAGCAUUGAAAUGCAACGGAACGAACAGUAUGGCUGCACAUUUGUUGGUUAUGUGACGACAAAUAACGACGAAGAUAUCAUAUCAUUCGUAUCACGAAUUGAACUUUAUCGAUGAAUUAGAUUAAAUUCAAGAAAUUUCAUUUUAGGGUUAUAUUUUACAAUUCAAUCAUUUUGAUACAUAAAAAUCUCCAGCAGAUCUCUCUCAAUUACUUCGAUUCUGGAAAGUUUAUUUAAGAUCGUCUUUUCUAAAAAAGAUGCAUAUUUAUAAGGUUUUACUGAUUUCAGUGUCUAAAAAUGUAGGAUUAUAACAAAAUAUAAUUCAAAAUCAAUUCAAAUUUUUAGUUUUUCUGUUCAGUUUAUGUCGUAUGUCGGACGAGCAUAAACCAUUAAUUACAAGUUAAGACACGUAUAAUGCAGAGAAAACUAAUCACCGUUUAGUUAUAACACUUAAAAUAUUAAAAUUAAAUGUUCAAGAUUCGAUGUUAGAUAUUUGUAAGAAUAAGAAUGUUCGAGAUUUAUACAUAUAUCUAUAGUUCCAACAAUCGUAUUUAAUCGAUAAAGGAAGUUUUUUUAUAUAUUGUAUAUCAAAAUUGUGCACGUACUUAGAACAUCAUUGAAAUUUUACUAAUUGUCAAGUACAAAACAUAUCAUGGCAUUGGGGUCGCAAUGGCAGAAAAAGCUGUAUGAAAAUUAUGGCUUGCCGGACAAUUAUACGGAUAGCUCGUUCUUGGAACAGUUACGCAAGAAUAUAAAUCCAAAUAACGUAACAUUAACGGAAGCAGUAAUAUUUGGAGCCAGCAUAUGUAUUCAAUUAAACAUUGUAAUUCUUUUUGUUAUUAUAUUUAUCUGGUUAAACAAAGAAUGGGCCAGUCCUAAUAUCAUCCUUGUAUCGAGCAUAAUUUUAACGAUGUUUGGUUACUUCGUAUAUUGUUUAAAAGAACAAAAUACUUUCACAAAAUUAACAAAAGAUUUUAGAACCGCGUUAAUAUUUCUCACAUUUGGUUAUAUUUUAUCACCUGUUUUAAAGACUUUGACCGAAACCAUUAGUACGGACACAAUUUAUGCUAUGACGAUCUUAAUGUUUUUAACUCAUUUAAUAUUUAGUAAGUACGGAUCUCUACAGAUUUCUUUAUCAGACUCUUUGUCCAUAACCUCUUCAAUUUUUGGUUCGUUAAUGUUAGCAUCCAGAUUAGCAUCCCCGUUGCAUGCUUUUUCUCUUCUCACAGUCGCUGUACAAUGUUUCGUUUUAUUACCAUUUGUAAUGUAUAAGUUAAGUAACAAAAUACUUAUUUCAACUGUUUUAACAUUCAGUACUUUAUACUUUCUUUUGUUUAUUUCGUUAACGAUUUCUUACGUCUUUAUUGUGUCCAUAGUAUUUUUACAUUUUAUUUGUCCGUGUUGGUACGUACGAUGUCAGACAUAUAAGGAUAAUAUUUAUGGUCCAUGGGACGAGGCUAUCAUAACUGCUUAGAAACAUUUAACACUUUCAAGACGAGCAUCAUACAUUUACACAUAUGUUCACUAUAAAUUUACAACACCCAUCCUGAACAAGUUAAAAGCAUAAGAGUUAUGUUAUUAUAAGCUAUUUUGUUAUAUAUCAAACUUGUAAAUAGACCAUAAACAUGCUGUAUACAUUAAUUUAAUGAGAGGAGUAUAAUAUCAAUAUUUUAAUAUUUAAUUUAUUAAUA